UCACCGCCGUGUUUUCAUUUUCCACGGCCAGAGAUCUUUCCGAAAUUCGCAACCCCACGUCAGUGGCCCGGUGCUUUACCGUUAUCUCUGAGGCGCUUAUCGAAGUGAGCUGUAAUGGUGGCCCAAGCUUCCUCCCGGCUUGCUGCCCGGAUUUCUGCAACAGCAGCUCCCCCUCAUGACCACAAUACCGUUGACCUCGGCGGCUCAGACAUGGACAAAGGAGGUCGACCUUAGCUCAGAACCCACCUUGCCGUGGCGCCCGCAAGACUUCCUGAGACGUGUUUCCUCUCGAAUCACGGCGCACGAAUCAUUUGGGCACUGGCCUGCAACAGCGAUUGCAGCAGGUAACCAGCAAUUGCCGGGAGCAGAGAACUUUCGAUUCUACACAUCAUGCGCUCCCUCGCUGCCCUCCGCCCGGCGGUGCGGGUUUCACUUUCGCAGCAUAGUUCCCAGCAGCUAUGCCGCGGUGCGACCGUCCGAUCCCUUCCGCCACACCUCAUAACAGCUGCCACCCUCCGGACCCGCCGAUCCUUUUCCAGCUACCUUGUCACCCCGCAGGAGCUCGCAGACGCCCUCAAGAAGAGCCCGCCCUCGCCCAUCUCGUCCGAGCCGCGCGUGAUCCCGCUCUGCGCCUCAUGGUUCCUCCCCAACGACCCGCAGGGCCGCACCGGCCUUCAGGUGUUUCGCGAGAAGCGCAUCCCCAGGGCCCGCUUUUUUGACCUCGACAAGGUCAUCGAUAAACGCAGCCCCUACCCUCACAUGCUGCCGAGCCCAAAACACUUUGCCGAGGCCAUGAGCGAGCUGGGCAUCCGCCACGAUGACACGGUGGUGGUUUACGACAGCAACGAGCUGGGCAUCUUCAGCGCGCCACGCGUCGGAUGGACCAUGAAGGUCUUUGGCCAUCCAAAAGUCCACAUCCUCAACAACUUCAGGUUAUGGGUCGAGCAGGGCUUUCCGACAGAGUCGGGCAAUGUGUGGACGGUCGAGUGCGGGACAUAUCCGAUUCCGCACAUGGACGAGAACAAGGUGGCACACUUUGAUGAGGUGCGCGAGGUUGCUCAAGAUUACAACAAGGAGGGCGCUGAGGGUGUCCAAAUACUCGACGCCAGAUCCUAUGGCCGCUGGUCGGGCAAGGACCCGGAGCCGAGACCUGGCCUUCCCUCGGGCCAUGUGCCUGGAUCAAUCAACAUCCCCUUCGACGCCGUCCUCGACUCGGCGACCAAGGCUUUCCUCCCGGCAGACAAGUUGAAGGAGGUGUUUGUGAGCAAGGGUGUAAACCCAGAGAAGCCCAUCAUCUCCAGUUGCGGGACCGGUGUCACGGCUUGUGUUCUCGAAACAGCACUGAGCGAGGCUCAGUAUGGCUCGCCAGAAAGGAGGAAGGUUUACGACGGCAGCUGGACCGAAUGGGCACAACGUGUGAAGCCUUCAGAUUCACUCAUCCAGACCGAGACGUAGGGCUGUGGGGAAGAAGCUCCCUCUCUCACAUUGAGUCAUCUUGAGUCUACAACGCGCGGCAUCCUGAACACCACAUUGCCACUCUUCUUGAUAUGUACGAUUACCUCCAGGCAACAUCGAGCCUUGCCGACGGCACAUGCAUGUGGAAUGAUUGCGAAUUGCGGGGUGCUCCGGGAGUUUUGGGUUGGAAGGGCGUGGAGAUUGUGUCCGUGCCAGCAAGCAUUAGGCGGAAGGAGUAACGUUUUGUCUGGUCAAAUCUGGACUGACUUCCUCGUGCGUCUCAACUCCAUCGCCGCGAAAUAUCUCAUCCGUAACUGGGCACACGCCAAGUUCAACAGUGUCUUGCUACCCCGACUUCCCGACAUAUCAGGCAUCCCUCUAUUAGUCAUUCGCUGCUCGUUCGUCU